UCGUCGGUUUUCGCUUUCGUUGACGCGAAGAAACGUUCCACUUAGUAGUUUCGUGCGCUACGUCGUAGAAAGACGUCGUUUAAGCGUCGCGAUCACAAACAUUCGAAUAUUGAUACUUGCCCGAGUAAGUUUUCUUCGUUAAGUGUUUGCCAUGGAUGCGCUCAAGAUUAUAGAAAUUUUGAUAAAUCUGUUGCGGCUUGCAUUGGAAAUUCUUUUCGACAUUUGCCAGAGCGUUUACUAUAAUUGUGUCGGAUCACGGGAAAAGAAUGUAACUGGAGAGAUUGUUUUGAUAACAGGUGCAGGUCACGGUAUAGGAAAAGAGUUGGCGAUUCAAUAUGCGUGUUUGGAUGCGAAAGUGGUGUGCUUAGAUGUGAAUAAACAGACAAACGAGGAAACGGCAAAGGAAAUUAAAAUAAUGGGAAAAAAUGCGUACACGUAUCAAUGUGAUGUAACAAAAAGAGAAGACGUUUUUGCAGUGGCCAAAAAAGUGAAAGAAGAAAUCGGCAAUGUCACAAUUUUAGUUAACAAUGCCGGUAUAAUGCCAUGCCGUACCUUGUUCGAUUACACGCCAGAUGAAAUCACACGAAUGUUCAACGUUAACGUACUAGCACACUUUUGGACAUUACAAGCAUUUUUACCGAGUAUGAUAGAAAGAAAUUAUGGUCACGUCGUUGCGCUUUCAUCGAUAUCGGGCAUUGUGGGACUUCCCAACUUAAUUCCUUAUUCCGCUACAAAACAUGCAGUACAAGGUUUAAUGGACGCACUUGAAAACGAAUUACGAUUAAAUAGCAAGAAAAAAUCUUUAAUCAACUUCACCACUCUCUAUCCUUACAUGGUAGAUACGGGACUUUGUAAAAAGCCAAAAAUAAAUAAGAUGUUAGAGACGUUUUUACUCCCAAGCUCAACGAAAGAUGCUGCUGCACAAAUAAUUAGAGCGCAACGACAAAAUAUAAGAAGAAGAUCUAUACCAUCAUUUUGGUUACAUCUCGUUACAUGUUCUAGGAUUUUACCCGAAAAUGCACAAAUUAGUAUAACGGAUUUCAUUGACUCUGGCGUCGAACCGUGCUAAUUAGAUGUAUAAGAAUCUUGUUACCUACAUGUAACCUAAAUUUCGAAAAUUUAUAAAACAAACUUGGUAAAAUCUGGAGUACUUGCCCUUAUGUUAUAAGGUUUUUGAGCAUUAUUAAUUAACGUUAUGUUAAUAUAUUUUUUACAGCAUACGUAAAUAAAAAUAAGUAUCAAAAAU